AUGGCUACAGAGCUGGAACAAGCGCUCGCUCAAGGCGUCCAAGACGCAAAAAUACCGCAUGCUGUGGUAUACGCGACCAACAAAGAUGGCACAUUCACCUACCACCACGCCACCGGCUUCCACCACUACGGCAGCAAGCAAGAAGACUCCUCGCCCAUCCAGCCCAACGCCCUUUUCAUGCUCGCAUCCGCCUCCAAGCUCCUCACCGCCAUCGCCGCCCUCAAAGCCGUCGAACUCGGCUUUCUCACGCUCGAAGAAGACAUCUGCCUGCAUUUGCCCGAAUUAGCUUCCAAGCAAGUCCUGCACGGCUUCGACGAAGCCACCAAUGCUCCGAUUUUGAAACCUCGCCAACAUCCCAUCACACUCACACAUCUCCUCGCGCAUUCGUCAGGUCACACGUAUGGUUUCCAUCCCGAUAUUAUCAAGUAUGCCGCUGUAAUGGGCCAACCCGCGCCGACAUCUGCGAUGCAAGCCACCAUUGCAGAACGCUAUGAUACACCCUUGGCAUUUGAACCGGGAACAAGUUGGGCCUAUUCUCCCGGAUUGGACUGGACAGGUUUACUCAUUCAGCGCGUGACGGGCUUGACCUUGGAAGAAUUCGAGCAAAAACAUCUCUGGCAGCCACUCGGGAUCACAGAAAUCACAUUCUGGCCAUCGGCGGAAAAGAAAAAUGUCGCAACUCCGCAAUUGUGUGUGAGAAGGAAAGAUAGAACUUUGAUCCCUUACCAGGGCGAAACAAUUAAUACCCAUUCCACUGAAUGUUUUGGCGGACAUGGCAUGUACGCGAAUUUGGCAGAUUAUAUUCUCGUCUUACAAUCUCUUCUCGCAAACGAUGGGAAACUCCUCCUUCCAACAAGCGUCGAAGCAUUAUUCACACCCCAACUCGGCGCAGAGUCCCAGAAGGCAUUGAACGAAUUCAUUCAAACAUGGCAUACCACAAUUCCAGGAGAUUGGAACCCCGACAUCCCGACCAGUUAUGCAUUAGGAGGGAUAGUAUUUUUGGAAGAUGAUGUCGGUCGGAGAAAAAAGGGUACCUUGUCUUGGGGAGGACUGUUCAAUCCGUUUUGGAUAGUGGAUCGGGAAAGUGAUGUGGCGUAUUGCUUUGGCACGCAGGUGUUGCCGCCUGGGGAUAAAGGGUGUAAGGAGAUGUCCGCGGUGGCGGAGAGGGCGAUUUAUAAGAUGGCGGGGAAGGCGUGA